AUGCUGGACCCGUCCUCCAGCGAGGAGGAGUCCGAUGAGGUGCUGGACGAGGAGCGGCGGGACGUGCUGGUGGUGGCGGGCGGCUCGUCGCGCUCGCUGCCGCCGCGCGACCCGCGGGCCCGGGAGGCGGUGGCGGCGCGGGCCGCGAGCCCCAGCCCGUCGGUGCUGAGCGAGGGCCGCGAGGAGCAGGAGCGCCUGCAGAGAGAGGAGCGCGAGCAGCGGCUCCGGCUGCAGCUCUACGUGUUCAUCGUGCGCUGCAUCGCGCACCCCUUCAACGCCAAGCAGCCCACGGACAUGGCCCGCCGGCAGCAGAAGCUCAAUAAGCAGCAGCUGCAGAUCCUGAAGGAACGUUUCCAGGCCUUUCUGAAUGGGGAGACGCAGAUCGUAGCAGACGAGGCAUUUUGUAAUGCUGUGCGGAGUUACUAUGAGGUAUUUCUGAAGAGUGACCGGGUCGCAAGAAUGGUUCACAGUGGAGGAUGUUCUGCAAAUGACUUUAGAGAUGUUUUUAAGAAAAACAUAGAAAAAAGGGUCCGAAGUCUGCCAGAAAUAGAUGGAUUAAGCAAAGAGACGGUCUUAAGUUCCUGGCUAGCCAAAUACGAUGCCAUAUACAGGGGAGAAGAGGACUUUUGCAAACAGCCAAAUAGAAUGGCGCUAAGUGCUGUCUCAGAGCUGAUUCUGAGCAAGGAACAGCUUUAUGAAAUGUUUCAACAGAUUCUAGGGAUCAAAAAAUUGGAACACCAGUUGAUUUAUAAUGCCUGCCAAUUGGAUAAUGCAGAUGAACAAGCAGCCCAGAUCAGACGUGAAUUAGAUGGACGUCUACAACUAGCAGACCAAAUGGCAAAGGAAAGAAAAUUCCCCAAAUUUGUAACAAGAGAAAUGGAGAACAUGUACAUAGAAGAGUUGCGGUCUUCAGUGAAUCUGCUUAUGGCAAAUCUGGAAAGUCUUCCAGUGUCCAAAGGUGGGCCAGAAUUUAAACUGCAGAAGCUGAAACGAUCACAGAAUUCUGCUUUCUUGGACAUAGGAGAUGAAAAUGAGAUUCAGCUAUCAAAGUCUGAUGUUGUGCUGUCAUUCACUUUAGAGAUUGUUAUAAUGGAAGUGCAAGGUUUAAAGUCAGUAGCUCCCAAUCGGAUUGUUUAUUGCACAAUGGAAGUGGAAGGCGGGGAGAAGCUCCAGACAGACCAAGCAGAAGCCUCCAGGCCACAAUGGGGAACUCAAGGAGAUUUCACUACUACUCACCCUCGUCCUGUCGUCAAAGUAAAACUCUUUACAGAAAGCACUGGGGUUUUGGCACUUGAAGAUAAAGAACUAGGAAGAGUAGUGUUAUAUCCAACAUCCAAUAGCUCAAAGUCUCCUGAUCUGCAUAAAAUGAUAGUCCCCAAAAACAGCCAGGACAGUGACUUGAAAAUUAAACUGGCAGUGAGAAUGGAUAAGCCACCACACAUGAAGCACUGUGGAUAUUUGUAUGCUCUAGGACAGAAGGUUUGGAAGCGGUGGAAAAAACGCUACUUUGUUCUUGUUCAGGUUAGCCAGUACACAUUCGCUAUGUGCAGUUACAGAGAAAAGAAAUCUGAGCCUCAGGAACUGAUGCAACUCGAAGGAUAUACUGUGGAUUAUACAGCUCCUCACACAGGUCUUCAGGGUGGUCGAGUGUUUUUCAAUGCUGUUAAAGAAGGCGAUACAGUAAUAUUUGCCAGUGACGAUGAGCAGGAUCGGAUAUUGUGGGUUCAAGCGAUGUACAGAGCUACAGGUCAAUCAUAUAAACCUAUUCCUGCAAGUCAGGCCCAGAAGAUGAAUCCUAAAGGAGGAAACGUCAAUGCAGAUGUUUCCCCGCUUUCUAGUAAAGAUGCAGAUCGUGGUCAGAAACAUGGUAUGGAUGAGUUUAUUUCUGCUAAUCCCUGCAAAUUUGACCAUGCUUCCCUGUUCAGACUGCUUCAGAGGCAGACCUUAGAUCACAGAUUGAAUGAUUCCUAUUCCUGCUUGGGUUGGUUUAGCCCAGGCCAGGUGUUUGUGCUUGAUGAAUACUGUGCUCGCUAUGGAGUGCGAGGCUGCCACCGCCAUCUCUGCUAUCUUAACGAGUUGAUUGAACAUUCAGAAAAUGGUUCUGUCAUUGAUCCGACAUUGCUCCAUUACAGUUUUGCAUUUUGUGCUUCUCAUGUUCAUGGUAACAGACCAGAUGGGAUUGGAACAGUAUCCAUUGAAGAGAAAGAAAGAUUUGAAGAAAUUAAAGACAGACUCUCUUCCCUUUUAGAAAAUCAAAUAAGCCAUUUCAGAUAUUGUUUCCCAUUUGGACGUCCUGAAGGAGCUUUAAAAGCCACACUUUCAUUACUUGAAAGAGUUUUAAUGAAAGAUAUUGCCACCCCCAUUCCAGCAGAAGAGGUGAAGAAAGUGGUUAGAAAAUGUCUGGAGAAGGCUGCCUUGAUCAAUUACACUCGACUUACAGAAUAUGCCAAAAUAGAAGCUACAGCAGAGAAGGACUCAGAGACCAUGAACCAAGCAACACCUACAAAAAAACUGGAAGAGGUUCUUCACUUGGCAGAACUCUGUAUUGAAGUAUUGCAGCAAAAUGAAGAACAUCAUUCAGAGGGAAGAGAGGCAUUUGCUUGGUGGCCAGAAUUAUUGGCUGAGCAUGCAGAGAAGUUUUUGUCUCUUUAUUCUGUUGAUAUGGAUUCAGCACUUGAGGCACAGCCGCAGGACUCCUGGGACAGCUUCCCACUUUUCCAACUGUUGAAUAACGCACUCAGAAAUGACAUGUUCUUGUGCAAUGGGAAGUUUCACAAGCACUUACAAGAAAUUUUUGUUCCUUUGGUCAUCCGCUACAUCGAUCUCAUGGAAUCAUCAAUUGCCCAGUCCAUUCACAGAGGUCUUGAACAAGAGUCAUGGCAACCUGUCAAGAACAUCACCAACAGUCUUCCUAAUGUAGCUCUUCCAAAAGUUCCAAGUUUGCCUCUUAAUCUUCCACAAAUACCUAGCUUUACUACACCAACCUGGAUGACUUCUUUAUAUGAUUCCACCAAUGGCUCAGCUACGUCAGAAGAUCUUUUUUGGAAACUGGACGCUCUGCAAAUGUUUGUUUUUGAUCUUCACUGGCCAGAACCAGAAUUUGCCCACCAUUUAGAGCAAAGACUUAAACUCAUGGCCACUGACAUGAUAGAAGCCUGUGUCAAAAGAACAAGAAUUGCAUUUGAACUGAAGCUACAAAAGACAAACAAAUCAACAGACCUGCGUAUUCCUUCUUCUCUGUGCACAAUGUUUAAUGUCUUAGUUGAUGCCAAAAAACAGACAGCUAAACUCUGUAUUCUUGAUGGUGGGCAAGAGCAACAAUACCAUUCAAAAAUAGAUGACUUGAUUGAAGAAACUGUUAAAGAAAUUAUUUCACUUCUUGUUUCUAAGGUUGUUUCAGUGUUAGAAGGUGUGCUGUCCAAACUGUCAAGAUACGAUGAAGGCACUUUCUUCUCAUCAUUAGUUUCAUUCACUGUGAAAGCAGCUGCAAAAUACGUUGAUGUUCCUAAACCAGGCAUGGACCUAGCAGAUACCUACAUUAUGUUUGUUCGACAAAACCAGGAUAUACUUCGAGAAAAGGUCAAUGAGGAAAUGUAUAUAGAGAAGCUAUUUGACCAAUGGUAUAGCAGCUCCAUGAAAGUCAUCUGUGUGUGGCUGGCUGAUAGAUUAGACGUGCAGCUUCACAUCUACCAGCUGAAGACCCUGAUCAAGAUAGUGAAGAAAACCUACCGAGACUUCAGGCUGCAAGGUGUGCUGGAGGGAACCCUGAACAGCAAAACCUAUGACACUGUUCACAGCCGGCUGACAGUAGAGGAAGCUACGGUCUCAGUCACAGCCGCAGGUGGACUGCAGGGCAUUUCCAUGAAAGACAGUGAUGAAGAAGAAGGAUGAUGUUACUUCACUGGAUGUUGGGAGUUCUGGAGCAAUGGUUGGAGAGUGGGGGGGGAUUUUGCUUUUGUGGGGAGAGAGGUUGGUAACUUUUUGUCCUUGUUGUCUCAUUUAUAGUUUUGCCUUAUGAUAUAGGUGCAGAAAUGUAAUUUGCUAGACAGACAGACAGACAGACAGAAAGAAAGAGGAAGGUUAUCCAAGGAAAAGUGCCAAGGACUUUUUGGUUGUAGAAUAUUUUAAUGUAUAGCUUUGCUUAGGGCUGUGAGAACACUGGCAUGGAGUUUGCGUUCCAGUUGUGGUUAAGUUUCUUCCCUUUUUGUUUGCUGUCAUUUGUUCUUGUAGCUCCAUCAAAUAUUGGUGUCCUGUGCAUAAGAGAAAAUGUGUGCCUCCCUUCAAACACGCCUAUACAGGAAAUCAUUCUUGGAAUAAGUCAGCGCCCUAGGUAAAAAAAAAAUAGUGUAUUUUAAGGAUUACACUAUGUAUGCUUUUUUAUGUGCUUUUUUUUCAUUAUUAUGUGAUGUACAUUAAAAUCUUUAAUCUUGAUUCUUUGUAUUUUGAGGUCAGUAUAUAAGUAGUAGGGCUUCAAGGACAGUCAAACACAUACAGACUACUUAGGAGUGUUGUUGUGUCUUCUGUUUGCCAGCGUUCAUUUUUGCAAGUUUAAAGAUAUCUCAUCACUUUGGAUGUCAGUAAGCUUGCCGUCGAUGUUCCUAUUUCUGUGAAAGAUUUCAGGCAAUAAGAACACAUUUUGUCGUGGCCCCCUUCUGUAUCUAUCAAAGUUUGUAUAGAAUUCUAAAAUUAAAAGCU